AGAUUAGGGCAAGGGAACCCUCGGAAAAAGUGAUGAGCAACUUGCUCAGGUCAUCCUAACUUCGAUCAGGUCAUCAUAGAGGAACCUCACCUUUAGCAAAGAAACACCUUCUUCCAUCAGCAGGUAUCAACUGUCUGCUGGGGACAUCAGUGGGCAAAAAAAUACAAUAAAAUAUAUAGAUUUUUUUUCAUUUGGAAUUGAACUUUUGGAGAAUGUUAGUUAUUUGUUUUUGUUUAUCUAGCUGUGUAAAGACACUUAGAUUUACAACUUGAAUACAUGUUUUUUUUUUUUGCAUUGAUCAUUUUCAUUGUAUAUUGUUAGGUACCAAACAAUUGUCGUUCAACAUGCUGAUGUGAUUUUUCAUCAGUUGUCAUUUCAUUUUCAUUUCAUACUUUAGUAGGCCAAGCUAGUAUCUAUAACUGCAUUGUACAUUUGACCUUGUUUACAACUAAACAAGUGCUUACAUUGCACAUAGCUUUUGUUGUAUUUGUUUUACUUUAACUGUCUCCACAUAUAUUCAAUUCUGAUUGGCAGUAGGAUCUCUCGUUUCAUCAAAUGUCAGCGCUUGUUUUUCAAAUAUAACCCAGGCGAGUCUGUAGUUACACUAAUCAAAACAAACCAUGCACACAAAGGAUGCUUUUAUAACAUGGCACACUCAUGUCAUUAUUAAUUGGAUUCAAAUUUAAUAGAAGGAUUUAGAACUUUUUGUAUAGAUGAAGGUAUAAUGAAAAAAAGUGCCUUAGAGAAAGGGAUUAUUUUGGUGGAUAUAAAAAGAAUGUGUAGGGUACUAUUUGGAGUGAGGAAUGGUUUCAAGCUGAACUUUUAGCUGCAUCACGUUUUGUCUUCUAGUAAGUUAAUUGUUUGGGGUGCAAGCCACUCGUUAGUGUUUAUGUGAGGAAAGAUACCAUAAAUGCACAUGAUAAAUAGACAUAAAUGUUUAAAAAAAAUGUUUUGCAAAACAACAUUUACACUGAGAAGUGGUUAUUGUAUGUUUUAAGUUAUACUUGUUUAAGAUUUGUAUGUAUGAUUGCUUGAUUUCUGAUGCAAUACAGAUAAGAAUAGAAAUUGAAACCUGGGGUUGAUACCAAACUAGUAAGUCAGCAUAUUCUACCAUGUCACUUGUGCUGUAAAUACUAAUGAAGAAUGCGUAUAAAAGCGCUGCUGCUUUUUUGCUGUGUGAUAUAUGCCAUUUUUGUUCUCCUUUAACUUUCAGUACAUGUAAUUAAAACCUUUUAAGUAACUGCAACUGAAGAAGUGUUACUGCUUGUUCUUUACAAAUACAGGAAAUCAUUUGUUGGCUUAGUUGAUUGUAGUUAGUUGUUUUGUGUGUUUUGAAGGCUGUCAGUAAUGUACCUUAUUGUUAUCAAUAAAGUUCACUUUUUACAAUUGAUUGGUAUUUUUUAUUUAAUGUAUGUUUUCCAUCAAGUUUAAACAUCAGUGUUGUUGUCCAUAGUAGCAUUAAUUUGCAUAUCAUGAAGAUUGACUAACGGGUCUACAGUGAAUUGAAUAUAUCUGCACGUAGUACUAUGCACUUAGUUCCAGGGGUUGGACUACUGCAGACUAUAGAGCACAGUUGUCGAAGGUCCUGCUUAAACUCUGCAAGUUUUCAUUUUAGUUGAAUGACCAGUGACACAUGACCGAGAACUCAAACAGAGACUCUGAUUUUGCUCUUGGACUAAAAACGGCAGAUUUAUUUGUAUAUCUACCAGCUUGAGGUUACAACCCCUGGCUUUAGAUAUAACCUCUCAUAGUACAUUUACAACUAAUACUACUAUAAGUUUCAUAAAGGCAAUCUAAAUAGCUGUAAAAAAAAUAAAAAAAAUAAAAGAUGACUUUAUAAUGAUCAUUCUGUAUCUGUUGUUUGUGGGACAGUUACUACCGCUGGACUCGCUGGACUGUCGGACUGCACGAUCAACAUAUUGGAGUUUCAUUUUAGGGGAAACCAGUGCAUUUUCUGCCAAGUCCUCUCUGCCAGUGGUGCGGGACCUGAUCGAUCACUUUGACACUUUUAUUACCAUCUAUCACUUUUACCUCUGCCUCAAGUUGUUAUUCAUUUAGAGGAGUCGCUGUCACACACCAUGCCAGCGAACCAGGCCUUUGUCACCCUGGCCACCACAGACAGCUACUGCAUGGGGGCUCUGGUGGUAGGACAGUGUUUACGACGACACAGGACCACACGCCAGACUGUUGUGAUGGUCUCCACUAAUGUCUCUAGCCAGGCACGGGCUGCCCUGGGCCAUGUGUUUGACCAGGUCCUGGUAGUGGACGUGCUGGACAGCGGAGACCAAGCACAUCUAUCCUGGCUGGGACGACCAGAACUGGGGGUCACUUUCACCAAGCUCCACUGUUGGACCCUCACCCAAUACCGCAAAUGUGUGUUCCUGGAUGCAGACACACUCGUGCUGUGUAACGUGGACGAGCUGUUUGAGCGUGAGGAGCUGUCUGCGGCCCCUGAUCCUGGCUGGCCGGACUGUUUUAACUCAGGGGUGUUUGUGUUCAGGCCUUCUCUGAUCACCUACGGCAGGCUGUUGGAGCAUGCGCGACAACACGGCAGCUUCGACGGUGGGGACCAGGGCCUCUUGAACACAUUUUUCAGUGACUGGGCUGUUAGAGAUAUCAGUAAACACCUGCCUUUUGUGUACAACCUCAGUGCCAUCACAGUCUACACCUAUCUGCCUGCUUAUCAAGAAUAUGGUCACAAUGCAAAGAUUGUCCACUUCCUGGGUUCGGUCAAGCCAUGGAAUCUACGUUCUAACUCACAGACCAAUCAGCACACCAGCAGCCACCUGGAAGAGUUUGUUUACCAGUGGUGGAUGGAGUACUCCUACUUACAUCUCCUUAUAAAGACAAUGUCCCAUCAAGAACCUGCUGUGCCAAUCCAGCAUGCUGGGCCAAAGCAACAUAAGUACCACAGAGAGAGAUCAGAGUCCAGCACUCUUGCCCCCUACUCUUCUCCUCUCUACACACCUAUCUCAACAGUACAGACCAUCACACUUCUUUCACAGAGCCAGGGACGAGAAGAAGAGAAGGCAGAGGCGAGAGAAGAAGAGAAGGCAAAGGCGAGAGAAGAAGAGAAGCCAAAGGCGAGAGAAGAAGAGAAGCCAAAGGCGAGAGAAGAAGAGAAGCCAAAGGCGAGAGAAGAAGAGAAGCCAAAGGCGAGAGAAGAAGAGAAGCCAAAGGCGAGAGAAGAAGAGAAGCCAAAGGCGAGAGAAGAAGAUAAGCCAAAGGCGAGAGAAGAAGAUAAGCCAAAGGCGAGAGAAGAAGAUAAGCCAAAGGGGAGAGAAGAAGAUAAGCCAAAGGGGAGAGAAGAAGAUAAGCCAAAGGGGAGAGAAGAAGUUAAGCCAAAGGGGAGAGAAGAAGAUAAGCCAAAGGGGAGAAAAGAAGAUAAGCCAAAGGGAAGAGAAGUUAAGCCAAAGGGGAGAGGAGCAACAGUGUCGUUGAUAGAGGACCUCACAGAAUCAUUACUCCGAAAAGUCACUCUGCUCACAGAGGAGAGGAAGAAGAGGCUUGAUUCACCCACGCAGCCUGGAGAAAUGCGUACCCAACGUCAGGAUGUAUCCCCGGGGAAGGAGGGAGGAACUGGAGACAGAACAGCCAACCAGGACCCACCUGGACCCAGUGGGGAAGGGUCAGAGGUCACUGACACGGCCUUCAACCCCAUGGAGGAUCCUGCCACUGAACCUACUGCUGCAAAGGCAGAGGAGGAUGAUCUGGAGCAGCGCAGGCUGUGGGAGGAGGGCCAGGCUGACUAUCUGGGCAAAGACGCCUUCGACAACAUCCAGAAAAAACUGGACCGAUUCUUAUAUUUGUAGCUUGUUUUGUGUGGCAAGAUACUGUAGCAAUAGUAUUGUAUACUCAUGUUCAUGUUUAAGUGUGUCAUGUCUCUAGUGUAGGCCACCACUCUAAUAGGGGUUUCUGUGUCCCUUUGCUGUAAAAAUAUAUAUAUAAACUUGAUUCCAAUUUCAUAAAGAAAUGUGGUCAUAGAAUUCAAGUUGAGAUGCAUUCCUUAUUUUGAUGUUAUGCUGGAAAUAUCUGGAAGAUUUUUAAUUGUCUUUAUGUUGCCACUAGAGGGUACUGUGGCUUUUUAAAUAAAGCAUUUUUCCUGGUCAGUUACACUCAACUCCAACAGCCCAAUAGGGGUCAUGAUAGUCUUGCAUAGACUCCAGAGACUAGGGAAACUAGGGAAAGAAUAAGUAAUAUUGGCCUCAGGGAUCCUAUUCAUAUAUGUUGUUGGAGCAAUAUUAAUCUAUAGGCUUGUACACCACUAUUGUCCUAGGAGAGAAUGGUAGCCCUCACUGUGAGGGUCUGUGAAGGGCUGUGUAGGCCUACCAAGGCUAAGGAGAUAUAAGGUCAGUACAGAACUGUUAACGCUAUCCUGAAAGACUAAAUACAAACUCAAACUGAAUAGAAUAAUAACUUAUUCCAAAACGUAUAGGCUACUUCCAGUAACAAGCCCACCUUCCCAUUCCACCUUCCAUCUCACUAUCUCUCUAGUCCAGUCCGUUCCAGUCCUUCAUCUUCCCAUUUGGAGAACAGCAGCAGCCUUAAGUAACUUAAGGCUGCACUUAAAUUGACUAAUCAGCCACACCUUUAAUCAGGCAAGUGGGGCCAGCUGGCUGUAUUCUCUACCAGUUAUUCAAUAGCAUUGACAUCACAAUAACCCUCCUAAAGGAUUUCACUACUGCCUGAGUCUAUUUGCUUUGAC